AUGGCUACCCAGACAGAAACCGUUGCUCCGACUGAAAUCAAGCGAACCUUCGCCACACAAUUCGAAAGCAAAGAUCUUGUUACCUUCGAUAGCAAUAGGGUCUACGGGGACUGGCGAGAUGAGUUCCACCGGAACGGUUGCGUCGUCAUCAAGAAUGUUAUCAGCAAGGAACGAGCUCAAUAUUACUGUGACAAACAAAUCGAGUGGCUUAAGAAAUUCGAGCUAAGGUUCGAUGAGAAGGACCCAGCCACAUGGACCGCGGAUCACCUCCCCGUCAGCUUCAAAGGAGGCAUGUACUCCGCAUAUGGCGCACCUCAUGAAAAGAUGGCUUGGGAAGCCCGCUUAGAGCCAAAGGUUAUCGAAGUGUUUGAGAAGCUCUGGGAGACCAACGAGCUCAUCACCUCAUUUGACGGGAUGAACAUUUCUCUGCCAAACCGCAAAGACAUCACAUGGAGCCCUUGGCCUCACUGCGACCAGAAUCCCGAGAGAAAAGGCAUGCAAGCAGUCCAAGGACUUCUGAAUUUCGCCCCCAACGGCCCUGAAGACGGCGGUUUGAUGCUCAUGCGCGGUUCCGCGAAGCUCUUUGACGAGUUCUUCGCUCAUAAGCGCGAGUCCGCCGACCACGAGGAUGCGCCUCCACCCGAGAUCAAAUUCAUGGACUUGUUUCUCUUUAGCAAGAAGGAUGUCAAAUGGUUCGAGAGCAAAGGUUGUGAGCUGUUCAAGGUGAACAUGGAACCUGGAGACUUUGUCCUCUGGGACUCGCGCACCAUGCACUAUGCCCGCUUCCCCGAAGGAGACCAGAUCAGACACGUGCAGUACAUCUGCAUGACGCCCCGAAAGUUUGCGACCGACGAGGCUUUGGAGGCCAAGAAGUUCUGCUUUGAAAACUCUUUCGGAACGACGCAUUGGCCUCACUGCAACAUCCGCCCCUCACAAGAUCCUCCCAAGAGGAACGGAGAGGUGUGUCCUAAAUACCGAAAGGAGCCAUUCGAGAAGGCUGAGAUUACGGACAAACUGCUUCAGUUGGCUGGGGUGAAACCAUACUGA